UCAGACAGUUUCCGGUCACGUGCACCCUCCGGCCGCCAGCCGCAACAUGGCGCCACCUCCCGGCCGGAAGUGUCCUCGCACACAUUGAUUGCAGCCCACAACAAUCAUGGCGGCGCGCAGGGAGCACACGGGAGACGGAGAUUCCCUGGCGGAGCCGCACGCCAAGCGGCGGAGGGAGAAGCGGCUGAUCGUCCUGCUGGAGGGGGCGAGCCUGGAGACCGUGCGGGUGGGGAAAACAUACGAGCUUCUAAAUUGUGACCAACACAAAUCUGUAUUAGUGAAGAACGGAAGAGACCCGGGAGAGGUCCGUCCGGACAUCACGCACCAGUGUUUGCUGAUGCUGCUAGACAGUCCUCUGAACAGGGCGGGAUUGCUGCAAGUUUAUAUCCAUACUCAGAGGAAUGUUCUGAUAGAGGUGAACCCCCAGACGCGUAUCCCCCGAACGUUCCCGCGAUUCUGCGGCCUGAUGGUACAACUGCUGCACAAGCUGAGUGUUCGAGCCGCCGACGGACCCCAGAAGCUGUUAAAGGUUAUUAAGAAUCCGCUGAGUGAUCACCUCCCUGUGGGUUGUGUGAAGAUCUCUACCUCAUUCCAAGGAGAGAGCGUGCCGUGCGCGCGAGACCUGGUGCCUCCCACGGAGCCCACGCUGAUAGUGAUCGGAGCAUUUGCUCACGGCUCGAUCAAUGUGGACUUUACAGAGCGCAGCGUGUCCAUAAGUCAGUACCCGCUGUCUGCCGCCCUCACCUGCGCCAAGGUCUGCACCGCCUUUGAAGAGGUCUGGGGGGUGAUGUAGAGGCACCGGCUGACGCCAACUACUCCGCAGCCACCGGCUCCCCUCCGUCAUAGAGCGUCGUUAUUCUUUUAUAUGUAAUUUAUGUACAGUGAUAUGUUUGAAAUAAAACAAACAAAAUUCA